GUCAUCAUUGUUAUCUAAUACAUAUCGGGGUUAUCAAGCUGCCGAUAGCAAUAAUUAUGUAUUUUGAAGAAGGCGGAGUGGCUAAGUUAUUUUUGUUGUGAACGCAAUAUUCUAUCAUAUUUACAUUUGCUAUGGCAUGUACUAUAAACUUUAAUAGUGAUUCCACUGGUAGUUUUUAUGCGGGUGAUAUUGUGACUGGAACAGUUAUUUUGGAAUUGAAGAAUGAACAAAAAUUUCAAAGCAUUGAUCUAAAAGUAACUGGAUUAUGUAAAGCCCAUUGGACUAGACCUAUGCCAACAAUGCCGUACAUGAAAAUUUAUUCUGAAAAGAAGAAAGUUCUUAGCUUGCUAAUGACUGAUAUAUUCAGGGAUUUGAGUGUUGGGAGCGUGUUGCCGGCCGGUAUUCAUCAUUAUCCCUUCCACUUCGCAUUACCACCAGAUUUACCUUCAACUUUUGAAAGUUCAGUUGCCAAAAUAACUUAUACAGUAAAAAUACAAAGUAAACCUGCUUACAAACUUAGAAAAUUAGCAACAUUCAAUGUUUUUGGUAAUGUUAAUAUUAAUCAUAUGGAUGAAUACUUAAUGCCGACAUUCAAUGAGUUUCAUAAAACAUUUAGGAAUUCUGGAAGAUUUACGAUUUGUAUUAAAACCUAUAAAGCUUUCGCCCCCAGACAAACUGUUCCUUUCGAAAUAACAUUAGUUAAUGAGAAAAAAGUAAAAAUUCGAAAAAUCGUCAUAUCCUUGAUACAGAAAAUAAAGUAUAGUGUCCAUUCAGGUUAUGCUGAUGAGGAAAAAAAAAUAUGCAAGGCAGAAUACAGAAAGUUUUCGCUAAAUAUAGCUGAGCUAUGUUUUUUCAAUAUGGAGAUACCUCAUAUUAUUCCUUCUACUAUGGAUAUUGAAGACCCCAUGGUGCACAUAUCGUAUAUUUUUAGGAUUCAAGUUGUAUUUCCAUUUCACACUUCGCUACUGGAAGAAAUGUCAGUCGUAGUGGCCACAGCACCCGUUUUACAUUACGAUUUUAAAUAACCUUUCUAGUAGGUAAUUUGAAAUACCUACCAAUGACUUUUUCAUUUCAAGUAUAUAGGUAACUAGCUCUUACCUACGGCAUCGCUCCCAUCAUUUGACUACCUACCAUACUCUACCCACCCUACUUUAUCUACCUUAGUCUACCUACAUACCGUACUCUACCUACCCUACGCUCUUUGUAGCCUACACUACCUACCCUACCGUACUGUACCUACCGUACUCUACCUACCCUACUCUACCUAACCUACACUACCUACUCUAUCCCAUGUCCUUCUCCCAGUUCAGCCGUUCUUGAGUUAUAAAUAGUGUAAAUAACACGACUUUAUUUUAUAUAUAUGAUGUCUCCUUCUCUAAGAGGACUAAAGGAGGACUACGAGUACUAGUACUA